AUGGCAUAUGAAGGGUUCAAUACAGAUAAUCUUCCUUCAAAUAAAUUUAAAAAAGAAUUACUUGAGAAAGCAAAUUUGGAUAAAUUAAAAUCAUUGAUUAGCGCAGCUACUAUUGAUAACUCUGAUGUUUAUGAGUGGAUUGACUCUUUUAAUUCAGAUGUGAAUUAUUACUUAGAUCUAGUAAGUGCAACUAUUUAUUUAUCCAAUUUAGUGAAUAGUGAUAAGAAAAAUUCUACAGAUAUCAUAGAAGAUUACUGGCAACCACAACUCAACAAGUAUGGAUAUAAGUGUGAUAGAAAUAGAGAUUCGUACUCUACAAUUAAAAGGUGUAUAUUAAAACAAGUACGUGCUUUUCUUGAUGAUAAAUAUUAUUUGAAAAAAAUAUUAAUUCAAAAUCUUCAAAAAAAAAAUCCGUAUGAUGAAUACCUUAAAGACAAAUGGAACAAAAUACUUCAGCGCACAAAAUCUACUUUUGAAAAUAGGAGCAUAAGAAUUACUAUUAGCGGUAUAAAUAAAUCUAUUAAGUACGAUGAAUUACCUUUGAAAUAUAAUUUUCUAAAGGCCAACUUUUCCAAUACUGAAAAAAAUAAUAAUUUAGAGAUUUUAAUUGAAGAUUUAAUGGAUAAACAUCGUCAAAACAGUUCAGCCAGUACUAGCGGAACACAUGAUAUGCACCGCACACAAAGUACUCAUGAUGAGAACAUAAGGGAAGAAGAUUUACGUUAUACACCUAAUGCAUUUCCAUAUAAAUUCUUUCUCAAUAUAUGUUAUAUUAUUGUGAUAGCUAUAAUAAUUAUUAUAUUAUUAUAUAAGGUAAUAUAA